UUCUAACUUUUUGCCAGAUAGAAGCUCUACGUCCACUAGACGGCAGCAGACACGUGAUUAGAAUGCCACUGCGCAUGCCCUAAUCGUUUAACAAACAUGGCGGCGCCCUGUGUGAUAGCAGUCAGGACAGCGCUAAAAGGUGUGAACCUCUUUCCCAGUCGGUGGCUCCUCACGCUAAGGAGGCAAAGCCCAGCAGUAUGUCAGCGAUUGCGGCUCCAUGUCUCCCCUGCUUCCUCCCUGUGCAGCUCCAGGACAGAGCCACAGAGGAGCAGCCAGCCACACACCACAGCUGCCACCCGCACAGACAGCAAAAGUGCCGGGGAGGAAGAGGAGGAGGAGGAACUCGAGGGUCCAGAAUACAUCCCCAAGAGAAAGGCGAAAAACCCCAUGAUCAAAAUUGGCUAUGCUUGGAUGUUAGGCCUACCCAUAGGUAUCAUCAGCUUCCUCCUGGCCAAGAGACAAGUGGACAAGAAUCGACUGAAGCAGCGGAAGAUUCGACAGAGGAUGAGAAAGUCAAACGAAGGACAAUAUGAUGGGAGCCGCUAUCACCAUCCUGCAGAGGAUGUUAAAAUGGACUAAUGUAUGUGUGUGGCUGCAGUAAUUUGCACCAUACACUGAAUGUCACAAUUGAGGUGGUGACUACUACUCUACAGCCCAAAGACUGAUUACAGAAGAAAUGUCAGCUUAACGAGCUUCUAAUGAGCUCAGAACCGGGUCACAACCUGUAUUAUUAUCCUCAUUGUUUUUUGCUGUUAAGGCUGACAUACAUAUGAUCAUAUUUAUUAGCCAUGAUGGUGAUGUACUAUAAAUAUGAGAGAGGAAAUAAAUGUAAAGGUAUGUUUAUA